UGGUACUACCAGAUGAGCCAGUCGACGCGCUACGUCGUGGCCAAGAGCAAGGGCAGGCCUUUUACCAUCGUCGAGGAUAUUCGGCGCCAAAAGUACGAGCACCUCUCAAGGGCCCUCGGCCAUGACCGGUGGACGCACCUCGAGAUGGAGAGGGAGCGGGGCAAGGCGGACCAGCCGAGCUUUUGGAAGCCCGGGUGCGAGCCGACGGCCGAGGACGAAGAGCUGCUCGAGGACGAAAAGAGCAGCGGCGCGACCCCUUCGACGGCUGUUGGGCUCGCCGCUACUGACGUUGAGAAGAAGGCAGCGUCAUCGUCAACAACGACGCCCUCACAGACAAAUGCGAGGAGAGCGGCGACCGCGAGGCAACCUCGCUCUUCGCAAGGACUUUGACCCGGAGAGGGACCAGAGAGACCUCGACGCCGAUCCAAGCGAGAAGGACAUUGGCACUGACUCCAAGGAAUCGCUCGCAGCGCCUCGACUGCCCCAGCUCAAGUACAAUGCCGAGGAGAGGAGGGAGCUGCGCGUUGUCACGUCCAAAACCCGCACCAGAGAUGCCUAUCCUGAGUUGACGGCAUUCCAUGCCAUUGCUCAAGAGGAGGACGACUUCAUUCCCGGACUGGAGGAUGACGAGAAGCGAGAGCUGGCGCAAGACGAGGAAGAGGACGGGGACGAAGACGGCAUUUACAUUCCUCGAAAGGGAGGUAGAGCCAGAAAGGAGGGCAGCCUGGGCCUCGGCGCAUUCUGGCGCAAGUUUAGAGAGCGCAUCUCGGGCACACAGGACGGUGCAGAGGGAGAGGCGAUGGAAGAGCAGGAGACCGAGGGACUUGGCAUGCAUCCGGAAGGGGAAGCAGAGAUCUUGACGCCCCCUCGUCCCAUUCGAAGCGAUUCCGGUUCCUCAGACGCCACCGAAUCGGCGCUUCGAACGAGCGACUCUCCACUCUCGCAAUUCAUUCACGAUCAGCGCAGCCAGAAUGCACCCCAGAAGGGCAACCCGCCGCCUCGCAUCGCAUUCCAGCAGGCACAUCCGCCCCAGAUUCAAACCUUUAAAGCUAGACAAACGGCUCAGAUUGGGGCUGUGGAGUCACCAGAGCUCUUUGCAGGGUCGACACCUGCCCUCUCGCGUGCUUCGUCUGCGGCCCAUGCAGAGCCGUCACAAACGCGAGACAACGCUCGGCUUCCUCCUCCUCCUCAGGAAUUGGCGCCCGCAGACAACAAAGAGCUUGUUUCCAAUGUCACGGGCAAAAAAGCAGUGCAGGACUCAGUCAUCCAUCGCCCGCCCGAGCGGCAGCCAGCAGCCUCGGUGCACCCCAGUGUGGGCACAAUCACGUCGGCCGCCGUGUCGCGAACGAGCCUGCCGUCACACGGUCCAGCACCAGUGGCUGUACCCCUCUUUGCGUCGUCGCCGCCUCCGCCUCCUGUCGUCGCACCUGCACAGCCGCUGACUGCGACGAAUCUUGCCUCUCAUCAAUCGGCAAGAAUUGAGCCGCCACCGCAGCGACAACUGUCCGGCAAUUCAGUGAUCACGAUGACGACAACAACGACACAACAGCAACAGCAACAGCAGCAGCAGCAGGCCAAGACGGCAGGCGCACCAAAGCGUACGGCCACGUCCAAGGACGUCAAGGGCCGCAAGAUCUCGCUGGUGCUGCCCCAGCCGCUGAAUCCAGAAGGCCAGCUGCCCCCACCCGCGGCACCCGUCGAGGCGCCCGUCGCAGUGCACGCCCAGCCAGCGCCGCCGCCAACAACAACGAGCGGUGGGAGCGUCGUCUCGGCGCCUCGGACGAGCAAGAUUCAAUUUGCGCCCGAGAGCGUCGGCCGCAAGUCUCAUCAGCAGAAGAACAAGGUUAGCGCGGCGACGGCGACGACGGUGACCAAGAGCUGGCGCGAUGACCCAGAGGCUGAGCCGCCAAAGUAUCCGCUGGGCCGCGUGGUGCAGGGUGGCAAGUCACUGGCGCAGCUGCAGGCAGAAGCCAAGCAGGCCGAGGAGGAAGAGAAGAAGCGCAGGAGGGAAGAGGAAGAGAGACUGGCGAUGGAGCGCAGGAGGGAGGCACAGCGGCGGCAGAGGGAGGAGUGGGAGCGAGGGCAGGAACGCGAGCGGCGGCGGAGAGAGCAAGAGCAAGCAGAUGCUGCUCGUCAUUAUCAGCAGCAGCAGCAACGCGCCGUUGAUGGAGGGGAGGGCGGCAGCACGAUCCGUGACCAUCGACCGAGGCGCUCGAGCGCGCCCGUUGCGCCACCAGCGCAGGAAGAAGCGCGGACGUGGUUCUUUGGCAAGAAAAAGGCAAAGGAGCCCGAUCCGUUUACCUUUCUGCCCGCACCCUCGCUCAUGCAAGCGUCGCCGUCUGAUUUGGACGACCCUUUUGCGGCGGCGAGCAGCGCGAUCCAGCAGCAGCAGCAGUCGCCGACGCGCGACGGCGAGCCGAAGUCCGGUUCGAACCUCGUCGGCGUCGGUGCGAGUGGGGCCGCCACGUCCAGGUCCAGGCACAUGAGCUUGGGCAUGAUUCCGCACAACCAGACCUUCGAUGUCGGCUCCAUCAUCACGCCUAGGGAUAUGGCGAGACACGACGUGCAAGUGCAAGUCAAGCCGUACCCACAGGGUGUCCCUCGUCCCUAUGAGCAGCCUCGCCAUCACUAUCACCUGCAGCAGCAGCAGCAGCAGCAGCACACCCGCCGCACCAUCCGUCGCAGAGGCAGCAAGGCCAGCCAGCCAAUGGGCACUACUCCAAUCGGGCACCGCCGCCACCGGCGCAGCAGCGGCCCGAUCCCAGGGGCACAAAGGCCGGCUAUCAGGCGCCCGAGGGCUUCCGCUUCGACUACAUUGAUUGAGCAUCUCCUUGCUUGUACCAGUCUAGAUUCAAACCUUGGACAUUUGGCUUUCUUUCCUCAUUUGACAUUGAAAACAGUGGACAAUUGAAUGCUGGUUGUUGGUUUAUUGCGGUAGUGAUGGCAGUGUGAGA